GGAAACUUUUCAAUCAAAAAGUAUAAAUUGAAAUAUUGAUAGAAUAAUAAACAAGAUUUAUAUUAGUAGCAAAUUGCACUUGUUCUUUUCGUAAACAAACUUCAAAACCCAAACUCGAAAACGUCAUUUUGCAAUAAGUACGCAACAUAUACAUAUGCAAUCAAGAUGAGCGGCAACAAAGCGGGCGUGGUGCUUAAUUGCCGCACAUGUAGCCGGGCAUGUAAACAAUACAAAUCGCUGCAGGAUGAGAUCGAGAUUGGGCCAGAGGGCAGCACAACGCUGGCAAAGAUGCUCAACUAUUGCUCCAGCUCGUCGUUUGAGCCGCAAGAUGGCGCCGCAGCACAUUUGCCACAGCACAUUUGCAUGCAUUGUUUGCAAUUGUUGGAGCAAGCGUUCGAUUUCAAGCGCAUGGUCAUCGAUUCCGACGAACUUUUGCGUUUUGGCCUCUAGGAGAUGGACAACAAUGCCAAUAGCAGCUACAACAAUAAUAACAGCAACAGUGCUGCCGCUGCCGCUGCCUCCGCCAAUCAAGAGUAUGUUGUGAACGAGCUGCUGGGCGGCAACGGCGCCAAUGAGGCUGAAGCAGUGGCCUCAGCCAAAGGCAGCAACUCGGGUCCACAUCAUGUGACCGCUCUUGUGGAGGCAUACAGCCAACAGCCGGAGCCGGGACAGAAAUACUUGGUCGAGGAGGUCACCGAGAUGGAGGUGGAUGAGUUGGACUCAGAAACUGAUGAUGCCAGCGAAUCUUAGGGAGACUUUCAACCUACUGACAUUGAGUAUGUAACCAUUAAAAGUGUAUACGAUUCCCAGGUGGAGGAGGAAGAGAUUGAUGCUGAGGCCGAACCCGAGGAGGACGAAGAGGAACUACUGGAGGCCGAGGAGGACGAUGACAUUGAGGUAAUGGAAAUGCAGCUGCAAAUGCUCGCAAAUCAAAAAAUCGAA